CUGGCAAAGGAAGAAGAAGCAGCAGGGGCACCGGCGAGACUUUUUUUAUUUCUCCAGAAGAUUUACGUAAAACUUGAAAAUCCCUGAAACCAGGACGUAGGAUGUCCCGCUCCCUGCAACGCUUGAUGGGCAGCUGCCGUCGCUGGGCACAACAGCCCGUCGUUCGUCACUUUGCCGCUCCCGCAGAUUCCACCAAAGGCAAGGGUCCAAUCUCCUGGAGAAGUCUUGCGGUCAUUGGAGCCCUUGGAGCCGGCGGCCUGGGCUUCAUGAUGUACGUAAAGAGCGAGAAGGACGAGGCGAGACUGAAGGAGCGCCAGCGGCAACUGGGAAAGGCGGCCAUUGGCGGCAGUUGGGAACUGGUGGACUCCCAGGGAGCUGUUCGCAAAUCGGAGGACUUCCUGGGCAAGUGGCUGCUCAUCUACUUUGGCUUCACCCACUGUCCGGACAUUUGUCCCGAUGAGCUGGAGAAGAUGGCCGCCGUGGUGGAUGAAGUGGAAAAGUCUCCCCAAACGCCGGCGGUGCAGCCCAUCUUCAUCACCGUGGACCCCGAACGUGACUCCAAAGAGGUGGUGGCCAAAUAUGUGAAGGAGUUCUCGCCCAAACUCCUGGGACUCACCGGAACCGUCGACCAGAUCCGCAAAGUGUGCAAGGCCUUCCGGGUUUACUUCAGCGCCGGUCCGCGGGAUGAGGACAACGAUUAUAUCGUGGAUCAUACCAUCAUCAUGUACCUGGUCAACCCGGAUGGCGAGUUUGUGGACUACUACGGCCAAAAUCGGGACAAGGAUCAGUGUGUGGCCUCCAUUCUGGUGAACAUAGCCAAGUGGAACUCGCUGAACAAAAAGGGCUGGUUCAGCUAGGCUAGUUGAACUCCACAAAUGUUGAUUCGUUGUAUUUACUUUUACGUAUAACGUAUGCUUUUAGAAAUAUAGCAAAAAAAAAUCUGGUA